AUCUAUUAUCUUCAAGGUCAAAUGCAUGCAUAUGGACCACAAAUCCUUCUUGGAAAUUUAUGAAUGAUCUCGUGAUCGACAUAGGAAGCCUAUAAUAUAAAUGGAUAAUUUAUUUUUCACGUAUCUUGUUUGAAUCAAAUUUUCUGUUUUUAAAAAUUUUGUACGGGAUCUUUUCCGGCGAUACUAAAUCACCGCUAAUUAUUUGCAUCACCCAAAAUCAAGGCAAAAACUUAUUUUCGGCGCUUGCCAGAGCAGCAAAUAUCUAUUUUCCUCUAAAGAUAUCGUCGAAAAAGUAAUCGUGGUGACACUUAAUUAUGGUUAUCUACUUUUUGUUGGCGAGGUUUCUAACUUUUCUGGCAAAGAAAAAGUUUAAAAAAAAAAAUAAAUAGCACCAAGUCGAUUCAUUCUAAAAUACCGUAAUAAUAAUACAAAGUUCAAUUAAAGGAGUGAAAAGCAUUGAGCUAAUUAGUUGGGCUCUUGUUUGCUAAUUUAUAACUGAAUUUCAAAGAUAAAGAAUAAGAACAAAAUUAAUUAAAGGAAAAUCUCAUCUGAAAAUCCCGUACAUUGAAAGUGCACCCAUUACAUGAAAAAUGACUUUCUGAUUUUUUAAUUUUGCAAAUUUUGAAUCGAGGCAGCAAGUGUGCCUUAUAAUAUUGUGCUAAUAUUUAUUUAUUUUUCUUUUCUUUUUUUUUUUUUUUGGUGUUAACAGAUUGGCAGCUCUAUGUUGUUUCCCACAUAGAAUUGUGCUCUAAUAUAGUUUUUUUUUGUAUUUUAUGUUUAAUCUCCACCGGGCAUUGUCAUUGCAAAAUAAGCCCAAUAGAGAACUACUACGAACUAACCAUACGGCUGGUAAGAAAUAUUUUGCAGGACAAUUAGAAGAAAAGAUAACAAAUGGUUUUGAUGUUUCCAUGCUAGUGUAUAUACUUUCACCUAGUUGAUAUAAUCACAUUUGCUUUGCAUGUUGCAGCGUGAGAGUAUGCCUAAGGAAAUAUGCUUUCACCUAGUUGAUAUAGUUGACAUUUUUAUACAAUUUACUCUCAUUUGAGACAAGGUAAGAUGCGACACAAAAACUAAUUUAUUUGUAGCAUUAACAUUAUUUGCGACAAUAUUUUCUAUGUCGAAAAAACUAUUUUCUUGCAAACCUUUUUAUAUUUGCAACACUAAUGGUUAGUGGCAACUAUAUUUGUGGGAUUUUCACAUAAAUGUCAUGAUUUUGAACUGAGAUCCUUUUGGGUAAAACAAGCUUCCAAAUCUAACAACCCUUAGGAUUAAUUAUUCUAAUAAAUUUAUCUUACGAAUUCAUGACUUUUGGGAUUUCUUGAAGUGGAAGCAUUGAAAAUUUAUCACAUUAUAGUAGCUGUUUUAAUUGACCUGUAGCUGGCUAGCUAGCAUGCAUAGGAAGUUGCCGAGAAGUUUCUGAUCUUCUUUCUUUCACCCACUUCAAACCUAUAAUUGGACCUCUUGGAGAUCAGUAGUAAUCACGCAUGCAGAGAGGAUGACUUCUUCCAUGGCCUUUCAAGGACCUUCUUCCUCUUCCCUACACUUUUCUUCUUCUUCUAUCCAACCUUGGAAUCAUGACGUAUUCUUGAGUUUUAGAGGUGAAGAUGUUCGCCAAAACUUUAUUUCCCAUCUAUACCAAGCUUUGUACCAAAAGGGAAUCAAUACUUACAUAGACAACAAUCUUGAAAGAGGAGAGAAAAUUUCGCCGGCACUUUUCAAAGCUAUUGAAGGAUCAAUGAUUUCUAUCAUUAUUCUCUCUAAAAACUAUGCAGAAUCCAGAUGGUGCUUAGACGAGUUAUUGAAGAUUCUUGACUGCAAGGAAACAAUGAAACAAAUUGUUCUCCCUGUAUUCUAUGACGUAAAGCCAUCAGAAGUACGACAUCAAAAAGAAGAUUUUGGAAAAGCAUUCACCAAACUUUCUAAGAGAAUCAAGGAUAACAUAAAGGUGCUGGAGUGGAAGGCAGCUAUGAAAAAAUUAGCCGAUAUGUCUGGGUUUCCAUUAACGAACUUCCGGAAUGAAUCGGAACUUAUUCACACAAUAAUUCAAUGGGUGGACUUAAGAAUGGUAAACCAUACAUCUUUACAUGUAGCCAAGUAUCCAGUUGGAAUAGAGUCUCGUGUAACGGUUGUUUAUCAGCAUUUAAAUAUUGGAAGGAAGGAUAUUACAUGCAUGAUAGGGAUAUUUGGAGCUGGUGGAAUCGGUAAGACAACUAUUUCAAAAGAGAUCUAUAACAUGAUUUCUUCUCAAUUUGAAGGGAGUUGUUUUUUGAAAGACAUUAGAGAAACUUCAAAGCAAGCAAGUGGUCUAAUUCGGUUGCAAAACAAACUUCUUUAUGAGAUCUUACGAAUAAAUUUGGAUGUUCGUGAUAUUGAUAGAGGAGUCAAUGUGAUUCGGCACAGACUUCGCUCUAAAAGAGUUCUCCUCAUUCUUGAUGAUGUGGAUGAAUUAGUCCAACUAGAAAAUUUAGCUGGUGAUCGUAAUUGGUUUGGUUUAGAAAGUAGGAUCAUCAUAACAACAAGAAAUCGACAUUUGCUAAAUAACCCUAAAGCUGAUUCAGUAUACGAGGUGGAGGUAUUGGACGACAAUGAAGCUUUUCGACUCUUUAGUUGGCAUGCUUUCGAGGAAGAAGAACCGAUUGAAAAUUAUGUGGAACUUUCUAAAAAAGUAUUGCAAUAUGCUCAAGGCCUUCCACUAGUUUUAUCAAUUUUAGGUUCGAAUCUAAAAGGUCGAAGUUUACAUCAAUGGGAAAGUGCAUUGGAUAAGUAUAGAAAAACUCCCAAUGGAAAUAUUCAGAAAGUACUUCAAGCAAGUUAUGAUGGGUUGGAAAAUAAUGAGAAGGAUAUGUUUCUUGAUAUUGCAUUUUUCUUUAAAGGAGAACUCUUGGCUAAUGUCAUAAAAAUAUUUGACAGUUGUGGUUUUUCACUAGAUGAUGGUAUCAACAGGCUUAUAGACAAGUGUCUUAUUACUGUUGAUAGCAAUACAUUGUGGAUGCAUGAUGUUCUACAAGAUAUAGGUCAGGAAAUUGUUAGACUACAAUCAUCCAAAGAACCUGGUAAACGCAGUAGAUUGUGGUUUCACGAGGAUGUUCGUCAUGUGUUAGAAGAAAGUACGGUAAGAGUCACAAAAAAAAUAGUAUGUAAAGAUGGCAUAUUAAUAGAUUUGCCCCAUGGUGAAGACAUGAUAAACUUGGAUUCAGAUGCGUUUGUAUCAAUGAAAGGACUAAGAGUUUUUAUAAAUCAUAAUGCACAUUUUUCUAAAGGGCCAAAUUAUCUCUCUAAUGAGUUAAGAGUACUUGAUUGGUCUAAAUGUCCUAUGCAAUCUUUACCACCCAAUUUCAAUGGAAAGAAACUCGUCGUCUUUCGAAUAUGUGAUAGCUUGGUCACGGAGUUAGGCCAGAGAUUCAAGAACUUGAGAACUAUGGAUCUCAUUGAUUGUAAAUUCUUAACGAAGAUUCCAGAUCUUUCAAGUGCUUCAAAUUUGGUGGAAUUGAAAGUUGAAUAUUGUGCCAAUCUAGUUGAGGUGCACGAUUCUGUUGGAUUCCUGGAUAAUCUCUCUUUUUUGUCUUUUGUAGAUUGCCCUAACCUCUCAAUAUUUCCAAGAAGCCUCAAGUUGAGAUCUCUACAUAAGCUUAAUUUUAACGGUUGCACAAGCUUUCGUAAUUUUCCUGAAAUUGAGGGUAACAUGGAAAAUUUACGUACAUUACAUGUAGAGGGCACUGCAAUUGAAGAACUUCCUUUAAGAAAUCUAGUUGGGCUUUCUGUUUUAAAUCUAACAAGAUGCAAAAAACUUGUUGGUCUCCCAACUUGCAUUCUUGUUUUUCAAAAUAUUUUAAAUUUUGGAAGGAUGGUUGAUAACAAACAAUCUGUUGUGGCUAUUGAGCAUACAACAAUGGAAGACGAGAUCAUAUCAUCAAGUGAAGAACAACUCCAUGAAUUGCAACCUCCAGCAAAUUCAAGCAAUGGGAGCACUUCAUUACAAGUGUUGAAUCUUCCAAAUUGUUGCCAAUCAGAAUCAAAUUUGUGUCCAUUAUCAAAUUUGUUUACAAUGUUUAAUUCCAAGGCCAUUUUGUAUCAAUUAAUUGUGUUUAAUAGUACAAUUGUUAGCCUUCCCACUUGCAUCAAAGGAUUUGUCAAAUUGACUUUUCUUGAUUUGAGCCAUUGCAAGAAACUUAAAGAAAUACUAGAACUUCCACCAAAUAUAAAGAAAGUUUGUACUUCGGAAUGCAAGUCAUUGAAAAGCUUUCCAGAAGUAUCACAAAUAUUGCAAUUCCAUAGAAGCCACAUCAGAUCGUUAGCAUCAAUUAACUUGUCCGACUGCGACAAAAUGCACGUGAAUGUAUGGAAUCGUCAUGGGCCAAAUCCUUUAUUGCUGAAGGGAUAUUAUAAUAAAGUGUCAUCAGAUAGUGGGCGUUUUAUGAGGCCUGAUGAUGUACAACUGAGUGGAACAAAAGCUUGGGUUAUAGAUAUUGAGGGGCCACACUAUUUGGAGAAUAUUAGUGGGAUAGGAUUAUAUUGUGUUGUGUUUUAUAAACCUAUGACAUAG